UGGGCGAGCUUGUUUUGCGCUACGCGGCUGGCAGCUGUUUUAAUACCAACUUCUGGAGGGCGUCCUCCGCAUCCGGCAGCCAUUGAUCGUUGCUGCAGCACAAUUCACAAUGUCCAUCCCUCUGACUCGGCUGGGAGGCCACGCCUUCAACCACAGCCCCAACAACGACGCCGAGGCCGAGUACGAUCGCCUGCGCGACCUGGCGCGCGAGGAGGCCAGGAAGCGCGGUGAAUGCUACGAUCGGUCGCGGGCCGCGUACAAUGAUGGAGAUGGCGCGGCUGCCAAGCAGUUGAGCAACGAGGGCAAGGCGCACGGCGCCAAGAUGGAGCAGUACAACAAGCAGGCCAGCGAGUUCAUCUUCCGCGAGAACAACGCGCCCGGGCGCAUUGCCGACGACACGAUCGAUCUGCACGGCCAAUUCGUCGAGGAAGCCGAGGACAUACUAGAGGAGCGCAUCCGUUAUGCUACCCAGCACGGACAGAGUCACCUCCACGUCAUCGUGGGCAAGGGCAACCACAGCGUGAACCACGUGCAGAAGAUCAAGCCUCGUGUCGAGCAGGUCUGCCAGGAGCUCGGUCUGCAGUACCACACCGAGGAGAACGCCGGCCGCAUCUACAUCAACCUCACCGGCGGAGAGGCCAUCCCGCCUCCCUCUGGACACUAUGGUGGCGGCGGUGGCGGCGGGGGCGGCUACCCCAGCCAGCAACCGCACCACGGCGGCCAGCAGCAGCACCACGGUGGGCAACAGCAUGGCGGUCAGCAGCAUGGUGGCCAGCAGCAAGGGCAGGACGAUGUGGAGAAACUCAUUGGGAAGCUUGUACGCAAGCUGGGCGACUGCUGUACUGUCAUGUAGAGUGUGGUGGCGUGACGCAACACUGGUGUCGUAGACAAGACCGAACAUCUAAGGGUGGGCGUGGCCAUCUAUUGGAUAUCAUAGAACACAAUGCAGAGGGGCUGCUCCAAGCGCCCGGUGACAAUGUUGAGGAAAGCAUAUCCAUGGAUGCGCAUCGUGAACAUCCCGGAAGCACACCGGCUCAGGCUCUACUAUGAUCAUAGCUGAAGGACCUCACCGCCACACCUGGUCGCACCACCACGAUAGAGACUUGUUGACUCUACUGGAAUGAGAUGAGCCAGUCAUGCGCACAACCAAACCUCCCGACUAAUGAAACUUGCAACCAAUGGG